UAGUGCAUAAAGCUCGGCGUGUCCGCCGACACCUUCACCACGAACUACCUCCUCAUCUUCUACAAGAGGCGCGGCCACCUCGCCGGCGCGCUCCGCGUGUUCGACGAAAUGCCGCACCGGAACCUCGUCUCCUGGACCGCCAUGGUGUCCGGCUCCGUGCGCAACGCCGCGCCUGACCUGGGCCUCCAGCUGUUUGUCUCCAUGCUCGGCAACGGCCUCUGCCCCAACGAGUUCGCUCUCGCAUGCGCGCUCGGUGCUUGUUGCCAGUCAGCGGUGGCCAAUGCCAGGCUCGGCCUUUCCGUUCACGGCCUCGCUGUCAAAGCUGGCCUGGAUGCCAAUCCUUAUGUGGGAAGCUCGUUGAUGCUAAUGUAUGCCAGGCAUGGGCGUACUGCUGCUGCGGAGCACGUGUUUGCAGGCAUUGUUUUCAGAGACCUGGCAUGCUGGAACGCGAUGUUGGAGGCUUAUAUCUCGAAUGGAUACGCAUGUGAUGCGAUGAGGACAGUGGUUCAGCUGCAUCGCUGUGGAAUAACGCCUGAUGUUUUCACCUAUAUUUCAGCUGUAAAGGCUUCUUCGAUCAACAGCGAGUUAAAUUUUGGGCGGCAGCUACAUGGUCUUGGCAUCCACAACAGGUUCGAAUCCAGUACUUCAGUGAUGAACGCGCUUGUUGAUAUGUACUUCAGAACAGGACAGCAGGACAUGGCUGCCGCUAUCUUUGGUAAGAUUCGGCAAAAGGACACUGUCUCCUGGAACACGGUAAUUUCCGGUCUUGCCAAUGAUGAGGAAGUGAAGGCAGCUACAGACUGCUUUGUCGACAUGUCACUAUAUGGUUGUAAACCUAACCAAGUUACAUUAUCUGUCAUGCUGAGGCUCUGUGGUGCUAAGGAGAACACCUCCCUCGGUCUUCAGAUCUUUGGACUUGCCUAUCGUCAUGGCUACUCUGAGAAACUACUUGUAGCGAAUGCGGUCAUCAACAUGCUGUCUAGAUGUGGUCUGCUCCACUCUGCUUAUGGCUUCUUCAGUAAUCUCAGUGUCAGAAAUAUUAUGACAUGGAACGAGAUGAUUGCAGGCUAUGGUCUGCACAGUAGUUCUGAAGAUGUAAUGAAGCUCUUCCGCAGCUUGCUCUGCUUUGGAUCAAAACCAGAUGAGUUCACCUAUCCAGCUGUUUUGUCUGCAUUCCAACAAGCUCACGACUCAAGAAACCAUGAGCAGAUCCACGCAUGUAUUCUGAAACAUGGGUUUGCUUCAUGUCAGUUCGUCUCGACUUCACUAAUCAAAGUAAAGGCAACCCUUGGUUCAGUUCAUGGUUCACUGAAAGUCAUCGAGGACACUGGCAAGAUGGAUUUGGUAUCAUGGGGAGUCACCAUCUCUGCAUUCUUGAAGCAUGGCCUGAACGAUGAGGCCCUUUACCUUUUCACUUUGUUCAGAGAUGAGUGCACACAGGAGCCUGAUGAGUUCAUCCUGGCUACCAUCCUGAACGCUUGUGCAAACGCAGCAUUGAUAGGGCAAUGCAGAUGCAUUCAUUCCCUCGUUGUCAGGGCAGGGUACAGCAAGCACUUCUGUGUGGCAAGCGCCUUGGUUGAUGCGUAUGCAAAGUGUGGCGAUGUUACUGCUGCUGAAAGUGUGUUCACUGAUGUUUCGUUGGUGACUAAUGACACCAUACUGUACAACACCAUGCUGACAGCUUAUGCCAACCAUGGUCUGAUCCAUCAGGUCCUCGGGCUGUACCGAGAGAUGAAAGAACUUCAACUGGCUCCAACACCAGCUACUCGCCGGCGCCGCGACAUUCCCCCGCCAUUGGUCGCCGUCAGCACCAUCCUCGGCAGCGGCGUCGCUCCGGCCUCCACCGCCAGCGACCGGCCGCCGCCGCUCGGCCUCCACUGCCGGCCGGGCGCCGUCGCCCGUCGCCGAGGUCGGAGGAGCCGCGGCGCCUCGUCCUCGGCCCCGCUCGGCCUCUCACCUCCGCCUGGCAACGCCGCCGCAGUUGCCCCGUCGUGCGUCUCGACUUCACUAAUCAAAGUAAAGGCAGCCCUUGGUUCAGUUCAGGGUUCACUGAAAGUCAUAGAGGACGCUGGCAAGAUGGAUUUGGUAUCAUGGGGAGUCACCAUCUCUGCAUUCCUGAAGCAUGGCCUGAACAAUGAGGCCCUUUACCUUUUCAAUUUGUUCAGAGAUGAGUGCACACAGGAGCCUGAUGAGUUCAUCCUGGCUACCAUCCUGAACGCUUGUGCAAACGCAGCAUUGAUAGGGCAAUGCAGAUGCAUUCAUUCCCUCGUUGUCAGGGCAGGGUACAGCAAGCACUUCUGUGUGGCAAGCGCCUUGGUUGAUGCGUAUGCAAAGUGUGGCGAUGUUACUGCUGCUGAAAGUGUGUUCACUGAUGUUUCGUUGGUGACUAAUGACACCAUACUGUACAACACCAUGCUGACAGCUUAUGCCAACCAUGGUCUGAUCCAUCAGAGCAACUCCAGUGGACUGAUUAAAAAUGGGCCUCUAUAUUUCAUUUUGAGGGCCAGUUUUAAAAAUUUAGAGGGCCAAAUGAGAGGUGUGCUCCAGCCCAACUGA